CGUUGUUGGCAUUGACCUGGCAUCGACCCUUUCUCCCUGACCUGAGCCUCUGGAUGCUCGGCCCGACCUCUUUCCUCACCAAGGGCAAACCCGGCCAGGGCGCCAGUGGGCUUGGCCUCGGGCCGACGGACACGCUCACGGGCGGCAGGAAGACAGCCGCGCUCGCCGGCGACGCCAACGAGGCAUCAUCCGCCCGCGGCAGGAAGGGUGCAGGAGAGGAUGGCCGACGCAAGGCCAAGAAGAACCCAGACCAGGCGCGAAGAGCCGCGACGACCACUGGCUCCGGCCUCUCCAAGUCGGCGCCGCUGCGCGGAGGAGGUGGAGGGCCGUCGGCAACCGCCACGCUGGGGCACUCGCUCGCGCCCGGUGGCAAGGGCACGAUGGCUGACGAGCUCGACAUGUCGGACCUGAACUCCAGCAUCGAGAUCGAUGCCGGCCACGCUGAUCGCUCACUCGACGCGUCCGACUCGUUCGAGCUGGAGGAGCUCGGCCGCGGCUCGGCCGCCCCUGCCUCCUCCUCUUCGAGGGCGGCCUCCAAGGCACGUGCACCGGCGCCGGCCGCCACGGCGCGCGCGCCGCCCGAGAAGGAGGAGCUCGAGUACUCGAUGUCCUUCGAGGCCGACGCCCUCCCGCCGACUGCGCCGCAAGAGCCGACGGCGCUCACGCCGGCGCUGCCCGUCCCUGUCGCGCAGCCGGUCGCUACUCCGCCGGCCGCUACUCCGCCGGCCGCUCCGCCGGCCGCUCCGCCGGGGCCGGUCGCAGCCCCGUCGCGCGUCAACCUCUCCAACAUCAAGCCGCUCGUGGCGAGGCCGGCCCCGCCGCCGCCCUCCCACCCAACCGCCGCCUCCGCGCCGCCCACCCCGCCAGCGGCGAUAGUGGCGGGCGGCGGCGUGGGCGGCGGGUGGGCGGCGGUGGUGCCGCCGCCGGCCGACGCGACGCGUUUCGAGGCGGCGCUGUCGGCCGCGGAGGACGCGCGGCGGCAGGCGGAGGCGAGCGAGCGACAGAGCAGGGCGCAGGUGCGCGAGGCGAGGGCCGAGGCGGCGGACGCGCGCGAGGCGCUCGACCGACUCCGCUCGCUGACGCGCGAGGGCCCGUCCGGCGGCGCGCACGUGGCGCACGAGAUCGAGGCGGAGCAGGAGGUGUCGGCGGCCAAGGUGGAGGCGCAGCUCAGGGUGUCGCGCGCAGACUCGUCGCUCAAGAUAGCGGAGGAGAAGCUUGCCCAGCUCGCCGCGCAGCACGGCGAGCGCUCGCUCCACCUCGAGCAGCGCGACGUGUGGGGUCGCGCCAGCACGGCUGGCGGCGGCUCCUCGCGCUCCUCGUCGAUGGUGUCGCUCCACAAGACGCAGCUCUCGAGCUGGGGCUCGGAGGCGUCGCUGCCCGUCAAGGCCGCCGCGCCCGCCGCCGCGCCCGCCGCCGCGUCCGCCGCCGCAUUGGCCGCUUCGACGUCUGCACCCGACACGCCCACCUCGCCAGCGGCUGCUGCGCCCGCCGCGGUGCUCCCUGCUGCCGUGGCGGAGGAGCAGGAGGGGAGCUCGGACGGCGAGGGGGUGUAGGCAGUCCGGGUCUUGCGGUUGCCGUGCAAGAGGGCUAAAAGGUAACGCGUAAAGAG